AUGCCGAACAAUACGAACAAUCCUCGUGCAAACAAUCCUCGUGCAAACAAUCCUCCUCCAAACAAUCAAAACAGACAUGUGUAUCCUCCUACGUUAACACCUAAUCAAAUAAAAGCAGUAGGACAAAAAAGAGAUGAAAAUGGUGCCACUCCUAUCAAUCACUAUACAAGACCCAGCCAAUGGUAG